AGGGCAGGACAGCCGUUGAACAAUCACCGCUAACAAUAAUCCACCCCCUCCACACGAAGGAGACACUAAUCCAGGACAUACUCACAAAAUGGGAACCGUACAGGGGGCGCUGCAACGGGGAAACAGAACCAAGAGAGCGCGUCAACCUGCCUCCGAGGAGUUAGGUGCCGACGGUAGCGAUGGAGAAGGGGUUCAGCCCGCGGACACGCCCGCCAGCGACGGAGAAGAGGACGGAGCCGGCCACCAGCCGACGGGGAACCAAUCCUCUGGCAGGCUCCCGCCAUUGCCAAUGCCUACCGCUGACCGCAGAGCCGGUGACGGGCACCUGCCCCCGCCAAACAGCCUCACAUCCAUCGGUCGACAGGUCUUUCCAACCUGGCGUCACCGUCAGAUGGGCCGUCGCUCCUGGCAUCCGGCUUUAUCGGACAGCAGCCGGCAAUACAGCAGCGACAGCGUCGGGUCGGUUAGCCAGGCCGGUGAGAGUAGCACCGACCAACUGUCUGACUCAAGCAGUCGGCAACAGAGCAGCUACAGCAUCGGGCAGGUCAGCCAGGCCGGUGAGAGUAGCAUCGAGCAACUGUCUGACUCAAGCAGCUGGCAACUCAAGAGCAACAGCAUCGGGCCGGCUAGCCAGGCUGGUGAGAGUAGCACCAAGCGACUAUCUGACUCAAGUAGCUGGCAACAGAGCAGCUACAGCAUCGGGCCGGCUAGCCAGGCCGGUGAUAGUAGCACCAAGCGACCGUCUGCCUCAAGCAGCCGGCACCACGGCAGCGACAGCAUCGGGCAGGUCGCCCAGGCCAGUGUGAAUAGCACCAAACAACAAUCUGCCUCAAGCAGUCGGCAACUCAAGAGCACCAGUAUCGGGCAGGUCACCCAGGCCAGUGUGAAUAACACCAAGCAACCGUCUGCCUCAAGCAGCCGGCACCACGGCAGCUACAGCAUUGGGCAGGUCGCCCAGGCCAGUGUGAGUAGCACCAAGCAACCGUCUGCCUCAAGCAGUCGGCAACUCAAGAGCACCAGUAUCGGGCAGGUCACCCAGGCCAGUGUGAAUAGCACCAAACAACAAUCUGCCUCAAGCAGUCGGCAACUCAAGAGCACCAGUAUCGGGCAGGUCACCCAGGCCAGUGUGAAUAACACCAAGCAACCGUCUGCCUCAAGCAGCCGGCACCACGGCAGCAACAGCAUUGGGCAGGUCGCCCAGGCCAGUGUGAGUAGCAUCAAGCAACUAUUUGCCUCAAGCAGCCGGCAAAAGAGCAGCAGUAUCGGGCAGGUCACCCAGGCCAGUGUGAAUAGCACCAAGCAACUAUCUGCCUCAAGCAGCCGGCAACAGAGCAGCAGUGAGCUCCAAGACCAACCCAAUGAAUCCAUCAGUCAGAGCAAAGGCAACACUGGUAGUGUCCAGAUCACAUCUUCACCAAUGGACCACAAGGAGGUGACUGACCAUCAACAAGUAGCCCCAGUGGCGCUCAGUCACCAGGACAGCACCAGUGUUCCACGGAUACACCUGUGGGUGGAUACGCCGGUCGGCCCAGAGCCACACACCCGUGGUAAUGUCCACCAAGUGGAUACCACCACUGGCGAGGGUAAGAGGGUGGACACAGAAGCCCCUCCACCCCUGGCUCCUCUGACAAUCAGCUUCCAGGGGGAGAGCAGCUCGAGCUAUGAGCAGGUACCACUGGCAAGCUAUGGGAGCAUUAGCGAUUGGCAGGCUCCGUCACUAACCAGCCAAUACCACCAGACCGCUCGUAGCCAUCGCCAAGUCCCACCAAAUACCAAUCACAACUGGGUCAGGGUCGCCAGCCAUUUGUCUCCACCAACCAGCCUGCAUCAGUUGAGCAGCGACAGUGGCCACCACCUGUCUCCACCAAUCAGCCUGCACCAGGAGGUCAGCGAAAAAGGCCGCUACCGGUCUCCACCAAUCAGCCUGCAUCAGUUGAGCAGCGACAGCGGUCACCACCUGUCUCCACCAAUCAGCCUGCACCAGGAGGUCAGCGAAAAAGGCCGCUACCGGUCUCCACCAAUCAGCCGGCACCAAGUGAGCAGCGACCAUGACCAUCAACGGUCUCCACCAAUCAGCAGUCAACGAGAGUCCAAUGAAGAUGACUCGCAUCUGUCUCCACCAAUCAGCAGUCAACGAAAGACCAAUGAUGAUUGGUUGCGAUCUCCACCAAUCAGCAGCCAACGAGAGUCCAGUGAUGACUCGCAUCUGUCUCCACCAAUCAGCCUGCACCAGGUGAGCAGCCACAGAGACCGCCGCCUGUCUCCACCAAUCAGCAGCCAACGAGAGACCAAUGAUGAUGACUCGCAUCUGUCUCCACCAAUCAGCCUGCACCAGGUGAGCAGCCACAGAGACCGCCACCUGUCUACACCAAUCAGCAGCCAACGAGUGACCAAUGAUGAUGACUCGCAUCUGUCUCCACCAAUCAGCCUGCACCAGGUGAGCAGCCACAGAGACCGCCACUGGUCUACACCAAUCAGCAGCCAACGAGUGACCAAUGAUGAUGACUCGCAUCUGUCUCCACCAAUCAGCCUGCACCAGGUGAGCAGCCAUAGAGACCGCCACUGGUCUACACCAAUCAGCAGCCAACGAGUGACCAAUGAUGAUGACUCGCAUCUGUCUCCACCAAUCAGCCUGCACCAGGUGAGCAGCCAUAGAGACCGCCACUGGUCUACACCAAUCAGCAGCCAAGGAGAGACCAAUGAUAAUGAUUGGUCACGAUCUCCACCAAUCAGCCUCCAACGAAAGACCAAUGAUGAUGAUGAUGAUGAUGAUGAUAAACAGCUAACUCCACCAAUUGGUCGUGAGCAGAGCAAUGAGAAACAACAGCGAUUGGCUGCAGCAACAGGUCUCGACCGGGACAAAAAUGGAGAAGACCAGUUUAUGGUUUCAUUAAGGAGGAGCAGCAACACUGGUUGGCACGUGGAUACACAUCUCAUCCAGCCCACCCCCGACCGAGAGGGCAUACCCAUCAGAAUCGAGUACCACAGGAAGUCGUACACCACCAGAGCAUCAAUCAGUGCCGGCACGAUCCAUCCAACAUAUGACAGGACAGCAAUACCAGCCAGUGUCUGGAUGCACCGAGCUAUCAACCAAUCGGGGGCCAGAACCACACACCCAUCAUGACAGCUAUCAACACACACCCAGUGUAUCAACCCACCGUGUAUACAAAGUUACAUCAAUCAUUGCAGUUGAGGAUAAAAGAAAAUGGCCAAAUCUCUCUCUGUCUCAUUAUUAUGAGUUUAGUAAGCCCCUGUCCCACUUUCACGACGACCUCUGAUUGGCGACCUCUGCCGAGUUUGCCCUUGACUCAUACUCGCAGCAUGGUCGAUACGAGGUCGUAGGAGGUCUUUGUAACUCUUCCUCAUGCUCGUGAGUGGUCUCCGCGAACUCGUGGCCUCAAGUAGGUCGCGGCGUUUUUUUCCAGCCUGAUAAAAAAACGUCCACGAGUGAAGAAAUUGAUACUUUUUGCUCGUAGGGAGGUCGUGAUGGUAGUCGGAGGGUGGUAACUGGCCCGAGAAAAAAAAAAUGCAAAUAUGACCAUUUUAUCAUGUGAUCAUUUCCACUCAUCGCUAGUCGUAGUUUGCCUUAGGUUGAGGUGGGUCGUAGGAGGUCGUAGACAUAGUCAUAGGAGGCCGUAGAAUAGUCGUAGGAGGUCUUUUACUCUGGCGAGUCAACAUGACCGUGACAUUUUUUUUCAACUUGUCUAGAGUCUUCUAAACUCGUGGAUUAGGUCAUCCAAGUGGGACAGGCCCUUUACCUGGGCAUCAGCUAGUGGUUUGAGAGAUGGAUGGAUGGUUCACUAUAUCAUAUUAACAUGUCACUGUGAAAUUCUUUCUUUUGCAUACCAUACACAAAGUAUGCACAGAGUCGCCACAUAUAGAGCGCUGACACAGUUACGGUGUUCACUGUAGUCCCAAUGGUCCCUCUCUGUCCUCCAUGAGUGGUUUUGCAGAUAGUGAAGGCGGUUGCGGACGAUUGCAGCAGGAUCGGGAUCGAUUGGCCAGGUGGGCGGAGGAAUGGUUGAUGGCAUUUAAUACAGAUAAGUGUGAGGUGUUGAAUUUUGGGACAUUGAACAAGUACAGGACCUACACAGUAAACGGUAGGCCUCUGGGUAGUGUUGUAGAGCAGGUGGAUGUAGGAGUACAGGUGCAUGGAUCCUUGAAGGUCAUGCCAGGUAGAUAAGGUGGUCAAAAAGGCUUUUGGCACUUUGGCCUUCAUCAGUCAGAAUAUUGAGUAUAGAAGAUGGGAGGUCAUGUUACAGUUGUAUAAGACGUUGGUGAGACCGCAUUUAUAAUAUUGGGUUCAGUUCUGGGCACGGUGUUAUAGGAAUAAUGUUGUCAAACUUGAAAGGGUUCAGAAAAGAUUUACGAGGAUGUUGCUAGGACUAGAGGGUAUGAGCUAUAGGGAGAGGUUGCAUAGGCUGGGUCUCUAUUCCAUGAAGUGCAGGAGGGUGAGGGGAGAUCUUAUAGAGGUGUACAAAAUCAUGAGAGGAAUAGAUCGGGUAGAUGCACCGAGUCUUUUGCCUAGAGUAGGGGAAUUGAGGACCAGAGGACAUAUGUUCAAGGUGAAAGGGGAAAAGAUUUAAUAGGAAUCCGAGGGGUAACCUUUUCACACAAAGGGUGGUGGGUGUAGGGACCAAGCUUUCCAGAGGGGC